AUGGAGCCGCCGCCCGCCCCCGUCCUCACGCCCGCCUCCUCCCUUGCCCCGCCCGUCGCCCCGCCCCCAAUCGCCGCCUCCGCGACGCCCACGUCGGCCCAGCAGCCGCCCGUCCCGAGCCAGGCGCAGGUCGCGUCGGUGGUGGCCGCCACCCACGUCCUCGGCUCCAAGCGGCGGCGUGCUGGCCAGCACGUCGUCCCUCCGCAGCCCACAGUCGCCCUGGCCCCCGCCUCCUCCCUCGCCCCGCCGCAGCCGCCCACCACCAAGCGCCAUCGGAAGACGUCGUCGGUUGGGCCGAAGGGUGCUGCGGUGGCCAAGCUCGCCGCGGAAGGGACCCCGGUCGUGAAGAGGACCACCUCCCGGACGAAGACCGCGCCCGCGCCCCCAAUCGCCGACCCUCCGCCCGUCGUGCACGAGGUGCUCGACGGAAUGCCCGAGGUGCUCGACGGAAUAUUCCGUUAUAAGGGUUGGGUUUGA